UUCCAUCUAAAACUCCAUUCCUUCUACUUCUAAAAGGAAAUGCGACCACGAACUGACCCAAGGCAACUUUACCAAAGUGCCCAUUGGAUAUAACAGCAGUCGUGUCCUAAAGAAACUAUUUUUGAUAGGGGCAUGUGAGUCAUUGUGUGCCACAUUGAAGAAAUGUGGACCCAAGGUCGAAAAUUCCCCCACGGAAACAUGUCUCUUGGCUUUUAAGCCAAGAGAAAUUGAUGGUUACGUGCCUGGCAUGCAAAGCUUUAGAGAUUCUUGAGGGUUUGCAGCAAUGCCCACUUCACCCAAAAAGGCCAAUACUCUCAUUUGGUUGCUGAGACUGUAGCCUUAUGUGAAUAAAUUUUCUUUUUGAUUCAAGGGCCCUGUUCUUGCGCCACUACCUUUCACCCGGUUCCUCAGCUCUUUUCAGGCAAAAGAUCCAAUUUAUAGUAGUGAGAAAAUUCCAGGCUGGAGAAUUCAUAGACUGGAAAGGAAGAAAAAAGAUUAAUGGCAUCACUUACACCAGGAGUGCUAUUAAAGCUUCUUCAGAGUAUGAAUUCCAAUGUAAAAGUUCGAGGGGAAUAUCGAUCUGUGCUCCUGCAAGUAAUCAGCAUUGUGCCUGCUUUAACAGGAUCAGAGUUGUGGCCUAACCAAGGUUUCUUCAUCAAAGUAUCCGACUCCUCGCAUUCAACAUAUGUUUCGCUGUCACAGGAUGACAAUGAAUUAAUCUUGAACAAUAAAUUGCAACUUGGUCAGUUUUUUUAUGUUGAGAGAGUGGAAGCUGGAACCCCAGUUCCCAUUCUUGUUGGUAUCAGGCCAGUUCCAGGAAGGAAUCCUUUUAUAGGCAAUCCAAAGGAUUUGAUGCAGAUGUUAGUGCCAUCCGAGUGUCCAGUGGCGGUUGAUAAUGAAGGAAAUAAUGGUUCAAAAACAAAGGAAUUAGUGGAAAUGAAAGAGGUGAGCCCGAGACAGAAAAUCGUUAUCAAAGAGGAAAAAGCAGGUGUUGCAUCAAGGUAUAUGCAGGGUAUUUUGCCAUCAAAUCCUAAAGCAAGUGGACCAGAUUCAAUUAGUUGUGUGAAAAGCACCGAGAAUGAGAGCUGUGGAGCAGGUAAAAAGGGAAAAAGCAAACAGCAGGAACCUAAAGGUCAGGGUAUAGCAUUACAGGCACACCCGGUGACUCCUACCCGUAGUAGGCCAGAGGUACCAGUCUCGAAGCCCGAGGUUGUUGCAUCUAACACCAAGGAAACUAUGGUGCCUCCCAAGGGCACACCUGUAAAACGCUCUUCAAGUAAACAGGAAAACAUGAACUUGAAUUGUUUGCCAAACAGCAAAGAAAAGAAUAAUUUGCCAGAGACAGGUUCGUGGAACACUCUGCCUGCCAGUCUCUUAAAGCCAGGGAAGGGAAUGCUUAGAAGAAGAAAUUUAGCUUCUUUGGUUGCAGCAGAUGCUCAAAGGGAGGCAUCAAUGGCAGCAAAUCUUGUCAAGUGUCUUUGCAUGUUUGCUGAUAUAUGCUCCUCUGCCUCACCUGAGAACCCCCAUCUCUCUCUCACCAAGUUCUUCACCCUUCAACAGCUAAUUGACCAACCAAGUGUUGCAACAAAUUUAAAAGAUAAGCCACUUCAGUUAUCUACUCUUCCAUCUGUGCUAGACAAAGAAAAGUCUAACAAAAGGAAAGGUCUAACCCAUGAAAAAAGUACAUUAAAGUCUCCAAAGUCUUCAAUACAGUCGAGUGGAGCUGAGAAACUAGAAUGGGCCAAAGGAGAUGGUGCCAAAGAGAUAAAAGAACUGAGGGGAAUUUUGCUGCAUGAAACAAGAACUUGGUUUUUGAAAUUUUUAGAGGAAGCAUUGGAUGUUGGAUUUCGGAUCAGUACCCAGGAGAAGAAAGGAAAAAUUGCCACAGGACGAGUGAUGGAGCAGGACAACCAUAUUGCUGUCACAUUGUCACAACUUAAAUUUGCAAAUGAAUGGUUGGAUAAAGUACAAAGGAGUUUGAGCUCAGAUAACACUGGACUGAUGGAAACUGCGGAACGGUUGAAACAAAAAGUUUAUGCUUCUUUGCUUAGCCAUGUGGACUCAGCAGCCUCAGCUUUAGAGAGUCGACCUUGAUCGCAGUUGAAUCAGCAUGAAAAGGAUGGUUUUAAAGCUUUUUUGUCACCUACUGUUUGUAAUAACUUAAAAGUAUUUAAGGUGAUACUAAUUUUCUGGAUGACUUGAGGCGCCAAAGAGAACUAUAGACAAUUUGGCCAUAUAUUUAAGUUGUGGUUGUCUUGUCAGCAAACCUAUGACUAAGUCAUUUGUGUAUAACAAUAAAGUCAUUGAAGGUUCACUUCAACCCACAUUAUUUAUUUUAAUUUUAAGCCUGCAACAAAUGUAUUAUUAAAAUUUUAAAUUUCUGAGUAUCAAGAGGAAGUACCGAGAAAAUUACCUUUGCGC